CCUUAUGUCUGUCUUAUUGUCCCUCCUUUUUUCACUGCUUUGAUGAACUCUUCCUCCUCUUCUUCUACACUGCCACUGAGCUCUUUGCUCUCUCCUCAUUUUCUCUACAUACAACAGUACAACACUCUCAACACGACAUACCUAGAGCAGAAAUACCGUUUUGAGCAACCAAGAACAACCAUUGGAAGAGGAAAGUUCAACGGCAUACCUACUGUCCGCCGCCAGCUUUCUACUACUGAAGAUAUCUUAGGCAUAAUUUUUUGUCCUCACACCUUUAGAGAGAGAAAAGAAGAGGAAGAAGAGAAGAACGAUCUGAUGAGGAUACUAAAGCAUUGGGAACAAGGGAUUGAUUCGAUGAUAACAAGUUUUCUCCGGGCUACACAAGGAAUCAAGGGAAUGUACUAGGUUCGAAGGGAGAUUCUUCAUUUACCAAAACGUAUAGGAGGAUUAGGAAUUCGAAAUAUUUCAACCUUUAACACGACUUUUCCGAUGAAAGGGGCGUGGAGAAUGCACCAGAAUCCGCAACUAUUACUCUCCAAGGUUUGUACAGCAAAAGGGUUUUUAGCAAUGAAAACGGGUAGAAGGAUCAAGAUCCAUGAAAUUGGACUCGGAGCUCAAGACGAACGAACCAAGCGAAUUCCUUAGCAAAAUCGCGGAAGUGAGGUACUGCGGGGGAUGAUGGACACGAGUAGUGGCGAGGAGUUUCACUUUAAUAUUAUCCACCUAGUUUAUGUUUACGGUUCUAAUAGUUUUAAUAGUUUUAAUUAAAGACUUUUAGUAGGUUAUGCACUUUUAUUUUGAUAAUAUAAAGGAUUAUAUAUAUAUUUUGGAGUAUUUAAAGGCUUA